AUGUAUGUAGUUGAGAAUAUUUCUCUUGAACCAAGAGCCAAAAGGCAGAAGCUCAACGAUUCCUCGUCGUCUUCUUCUAGGGUUAGUUGUGGUCACUGGUACGUCCAUUACGGAAUCUGUACCGCCCGUAAAUCAUCGGUCGACAAACGCCGAGGCCGGCGAUUCGAUUAUCUUUUCGACGGUUUACAGCUAAGUCACGAAGCUGUAGCGUUAACGAAGCGCGUUACAACAAUAGUAUCCUGUCUCAACGAGAAAAAGCUUUACUUGGUACUUGACUUGGACCACACUCUUGUCCACACCUCUAGGGUUUCAAGUUUCUCUGAAGCAGAGAAGUAUCUGAUCGAAGAAGCGAAUUCAAAAACAAGAGGAGAUCUGUGGAAAAUGAGUUCCCAAGGAGAUCCAAUGGCCCUCUUGACAAAGCUACGGCCUUUUCUUGGCGAUUUCUUGAAAGAAGCCAACGAGAUGUUCACAAUGUAUGUUUACACGAUGGGUAAUCGAGAUUAUGCUGAUGCCGUUUUGAAGAUGAUUGAUCCGGAGAAGAUUUAUUUUGGGGAGAGAGUGAUAACUAAAGACGAGAGUCCUUAUAUGAAGACGCUUGAUUUGGUUUUGGCUGAUGAGCGUGGUGUGUUGAUUGUGGAUGAUUCGCGUGAUGUUUGGAUCGAUCACAAGAGUAACUUGGUGGAGAUUAGCAAGUACAAUUAUUUCAGAAUGAAUAGUCAAGAGUCAAAGACUUUCUCUGAGGAGAAGACAGACGAGAGUGUAAACGACGGUGGAUUGGCCAAUGUUUUGAAGUUACUCAAAGAAGUUCACUGUGGAUUUUUCAGAGACAAGGAAGAGUUGGAGUCAAAGGACGUGAGGAUGCUGCUACAAGAGAUUGAAUUUAAUCGUGUCGACGAAGCAUGUGUUAUUCUGUAG